AUGUCGUUUGCUCUUUUAGGAAAAGCCGUACUCAACAUUUCCGUUGCCUCAUAUGUUCCAAAUUGGGCCGACGUAUCUUUCUUUGGUGGAAUUCCCUUCGGUACCUCUACCGGCGGAGCAAAUCGAUGGGCACCAUCAAAACCCGCAUUUCCAUGGAAUGGUACACUCGAUGCUUCGGACUUUGGCCCGAUCUGUCCUACGUCCAACAUGGCUCUUACUCAAUAUGAUAUGAGUGAGGAUUGUUUGACUCUUAAUAUUUGGACCCCUGCCACUUCCAGCGAUGAGAAGCUGCCUGUUGCUUUUUGGAGUUAUGGAGAUGGAACAGCGCCUCAUCAGUCUCAGUUCAACGGAGGAGGUAUGGCUGGAAAGGGUAAUGUUUUUGUCACCCACAACAUAGUACCGAAACGUGAAGAAUCUAGCAACAGCACUGCAGGUAGUAAUUCUACCGGUGAUUGGGGAGUUCUUCACCAAUCCCUCGCCAUUGAAUGGGUCCACGAGAACAUUGCCACUUUUGGAGGUGAUCCCAAUCACAUCACCGUAAUGGGACAAUCUUUCGGAUCCGCUGCUACCUACCACAUUGUCAACAGUAACCUCACAGCCGACAACGGUAUCGUAGGUGCUAUAUCCGAGUCUGGUGUACGCCUCAAUGUCACAACUGUCGAAGAAGCUCGAGCACUAACAUAUGAAACCAUCAUUGCGAACACUGGAGCUCAAGAUCAACAAGUUAAGCCUGUACUUGAUUACCAUGCCAUCCCCGAGAAAUCCAUCGAAACACUCCGCGACGGAGCCGGAAACCCCGUUCCAUAUAUUAUUGGAGGACAUUCAGAUGAAUACGGUGUAUCCGACACCUUCACAACCACUGCCGCCGAUUAUGCCGCCGGUAAUUAUGGCGAUUAUGCUGAUGAGUUUACCUAG